GGCGGGUUCCGGAAGAAUCCAAGAUGGCGGAGGCGGAGGCGCCCAGGAGAAUGUCUGCGGUCGUGUGGUUGACUCUUCUCCUGGCCGUGGUGUCGGCGGUAGACAAAAGCAACUUCAAGACCUGUGACCAGAGUUCCUUUUGCAAGCGUCAGAGAAACUUACAACCUGGAAGCUCCCCUUAUAGGGCGCUGCUGGAAUCCCUGCAGCUGAGCCAAGAAUCUAUGAAAAUCCAGCUUAUUAAUGAAGCAAACAAGGUUCCUCUCCUCCUGGAGUUCUACGGCUUGAAAGGGAACAUGACCCGCCUCCGGAUCAACGAGCUGACGCCCCUCAAACCCCGCUAUGAGGUACACGACGUCUUAAUCCAGGACCCUCCCACCUCCAGAUUGUCUGUCACAGGCCGCGACGAGAACAGCGUGGAGCUGUCGCUGGAGGACGGGAGCCACAAGGUGAUCCUGACAGCGAAGCCCUUUCGCAUGGACCUGCUGGCCGGGCGGGACCUGGUGCUGAGCGUCAAUUCCCGGGGCCUGCUGGUAUUCGAGCACCUGCGACAGAGGAAGGACUCUUUCUCGGAUAAAGUUAGUGACACGGUCGUUAGCAUUUGGGAUAGGAUCACGAACAUUUUCGCUAGUUAUACCUUUAGUGCCAUUGUUGAUCAUGCCAAUCUUUCUUUUCUUUCUUUCUUUUUAAAUUUCCAGCCUGAGGAUGCCUCCCAAAAGGACCCCGAAGAAGAUCCGGGAUCUUGGGAAGAAACUUUUAAGACCCACACGGAUAAAAAACCCAACGGACCAACGUCAGUGGGACUGGAUUUCUCCUUCCCGGGAGUGGAGAACGUGUACGGCAUCCCAGAACACGCAGAUAACCUCCGUCUUCGAACCACUGAGGGAGGGGACCCGUAUCGCCUCUAUAACUUGGACGUCUUCCAAUACGAACUCUACAACCCGAUGGCUCUCUAUGGAUCCGUCCCUGUGUUGCUGGCUCACAGCGCCCAACGUACCCUUGGCCUGUUUUGGCUGAAUGCGGCCGAGACCUGGGUGGACAUCACCUCCAACACAGCCGGCAAGACCAUGUUUGGGAAGAUGCUAGAUUACAUACAAGGCGGAGGAGAAACGCCCCAAACAGACGUUCGCUGGAUGUCGGAGAGCGGAAUCAUAGACGUGUUCCUUCUGCUGGGACCUUCACCUGCGGACAUUUUCAAGCAGUAUGCAUCCCUCACAGGCACCCAGGCUCUGCCUCCGCUCUUCGCCCUGUCCUAUCACCAGAGCCGCUGGAACUACAACGAUGAGGAAGAUGUCACCGCGGUGGACAACGGCUUCGACGAGCACGACAUCCCCUGCGACGUCAUCUGGCUGGACAUCGAGCACGCCGACGGCAAGCGCUACUUCACCUGGGAUGCCAACAAGUUCCCCCACCCCCAGGAGAUGCUUCAGCGGCUGGCAGCCAAGAGGAGGAAGAUGGUGAGCAUUGUAGACCCACACAUCAAAGUUGACACCGGCUACCGAAUCCACAAUGAAAUUCGCUCCCGGGACCUUUACAUCAAGACCAAGGACGGGAAUGACUAUGAAGGCUGGUGCUGGCCAGGUUCAGCGGGCUAUCCGGAUUUCACCAACCCUCAGAUGCGUUCUUGGUGGUCCAGCAUGUUCGCUUACGACCAAUACGAGGGCUCCACGGAGAACCUCUACACCUGGAACGACAUGAACGAGCCUUCGGUCUUCAACGGCCCCGAGGUGACGAUGCACAAGGACGCCGUCCACCAAGGGGGCUGGGAGCACCGCGACGUGCACAACCUGUACGGCUUUUACGUGCAAAUGGCCACCGCGGAGGGCCAGGUGCAGCGGUCUGGCGGCCUGGAGCGGCCCUUCGUCUUGACCCGAAGCUUCUUUGCGGGUUCACAACGUUACGGGGCUGUAUGGACCGGGGACAAUGCAGCUGAGUGGGACCACCUAAAAAUCUCCAUCCCCAUGUGCCUGAGCCUGGGUUUAGUGGGCAUCUCUUUCUGUGGAGCUGACGUGGGCGGCUUCUUCAAAAACCCGGAGCCCGAGUUGCUGGUGCGCUGGUACCAAGCCGGAGCCUAUCAGCCCUUCUUCCGGGCACACGCCCACGUGGACACCACCCGCCGGGAACCCUGGCUCUUCGGGGACGAGAACAAAGCUCUGAUCCGAGAGGCCGUGCGCGAGCGUUACGCUCUGCUUCCCUUCUGGUAUACCCUCUUCUAUCAGUCUUACCGGACUGGCCAGCCUGUCAUGAGACCGCUGUGGGUUGAAUUUCCCCAAGACCCCACCUUGUACCCCAUUGAUGAUGAGUAUCUGCUUGGGCAGGUUUGGUACGACGUCCACACCCACCAGAAACUCCACGCCCCACAGACAUUUUAUUUGCCGGUCACUAUGAGCAGCAUUCCCGUCUACCAGCGUGGGGGCAGCAUCGUGGCUCGGAAGGAGCGGGUCCGGCGUUCUUCAGACUGCAUGCAGGACGAUCCGUACACGCUCUACGUGGCUUUGGGUCCUCAGGGAACCGCCCAAGGGGAACUUUUCAUUGAUGACGGACACACAUAUAAUUUUGAGACGAAAGGAGAAUACCUGCACCGCCUCUUCCAUUUCUCUGGCAACGUCCUGACAGCCAGCUCGGCAGAUCCGAAAGGCAGUUUUGAAAACCCGGCCUGGAUCGAACGAGUGGUAAUUCUCGGAGCGGGCAAGCCAGGGGCAGUCUUCCUCAAACAACAUGGAGCAGGAGAAACGCGCCUGGAUUUUACCCACGAAGCCGAAACUUCCGUUCUAACCAUCCGCAAACCCGCCGUGAAUAUCGGAGAAGACUGGAACAUCUCGCUACGAUAAUGGCACGAGGCGGGAGGGGGGGGGCGGGAGAGACGAGGAUUAGCUGGGCAGAGGGGCAGGGAGAUGUUGGGGAGGGGGUGUGGGGGAGGGGGUGUUGAGUUCUAGGUCAGGAGCCUAUCCCCCCCCCAUCCAUUGGGGAGAUAGACCUGGAAGCUCCCUGCUGCCGCUGCAUCUCGGGUCCAGUGUCCCAGUUCAGAAGGCAUGAAAUGGAAAAGGGGUAUCUUUCCCUUCCCUUCCUCCCUCUGGCCUUUUUAAUCCUUCUUUUCCUCUCUCUUUCCUUCCUUCCUCUCUAGUCCCUCCCCUUGUUUCUGUUUUUCCUUCCUCCUUCCCUCUUUCUUCCUCUCUCCCCUUCCUUUCUUCACCCCUUCUUUUUCCUUCUCUCCUUUCCUCCCUUUCCUAUCUGUCCUCCCAUUUUUUCUUUCCUCUUUCCCUCUGCUCCUUCCUCUCCUCUUCGUUUGCUCAUCCCUCCCUCCCUUUUUUCCUUCUCCUCUUUCCUCCCUUUCCUUCCUAUCACUCCGCUCCCAUCUUCUUCCUUUCUCUUUUCCUCCUCCUCUUCUUUCCAUGUUCCUUCCUUUCUCCUUCUUUCUUCCUUCCGAUCUCUUUUCCUUCUCGCCUUCCCCGCCUUUCCUUCCUUCCUCUCCACCCUCCCGUCUCGUUUCUUCCUCUCUCCCCUGCCUCCCUUCCCUCCUUUCUCCCCUCCCUCCAACUUUUAAGCAAUAUUUGCUGUAAAAGGAGGACUGUCCUGGCGACACUGGAUUGCAACCCGUUUUCCCUUCGGGGACUGGUAGCCAAGGCACACACACCCUUCCCUUUCUCCCCUUCCAAUUAUUUUUUUCUGGAAAACACAAACCUGGAUUGCCUUUUUCCAAAGUUGGUGGGCCUAACUCUCUUCCUCUAACACCCCUUUUUCCCCUUCAUCUCUUCCCACAUGUUCUGGCUGAAGUUGGGGUGUGGGUGGGUGGGGGGAACAAAACCUCAACCAGAAAACCCAAUUGACGGUUGGCGAGGACUGCCUUUUCAACCCCUUUCCUCGCCAGCCAGUGAAUGUACUACAGUUUUCCUCCACAACCCCGAAGGCCAACCCCUUUGCCGUUUGCAAGAA